AUGAUCUUUAUUCUAGAUGAUGAGUAUUUCUUGAUGGGAAAUCAAAUUGCACAUAUACCUAAUCAGAUUCUUAACGUCGAAACCUACUUUAAUGAUUUAAGUGGAUACGACUAUGUUAAAAAUUUGGGUGUUACUCGAUUUUUAAAAGUAGCGAAAGCAAAAACCAGAAAUGGUUAUUGUGUCAUAAAAAUCUUCCAGAUUGUUGAUCAAUCUCUUCCAUAUGAUCAAUACAAAGCGCAAAUACAAAAAAUCUACUCAAUACUUCAUGAAAAAGAAGUCGCACCAUCACCACUGAAAAAUUGUUUACCAUUUCAAAUCGUUACUAAAAACGAUCGUUCAAUAAUCUUAACACGCCCCUACAUCAAAGACAAUCUAUUUUAUCGUUUGCAAACUCGGCCGUAUCUGACUCGAAUUGAGAAGAAAUGGAUCGCAUAUCAAUUGUUGAUUGCGUUGAAACACAUUCAUCAUGAGAACAUCACGCAUGGUGAUUUAAAGAUCGAAAAUAUUCUACUAACAAGUUACAACUGGAUCUUGUUGAGUGACUUUGCAAACUUUAAACCGACAUUUUUUGCUUAUGAGGAUCCGGCUGAAUAUUACUAUUAUUUUAAUGCAUCACAACGAAAUGUAUGUUACUUAGCUCCGGAACGUUUCUACGACCAGACGAGAUUUAGAAGUGAUAUUAAUAAUGAUACAUUUUCAACUAGCUUCGGAAAAUUGGGUACACCGGCAAUGGAUAUCUUCUCUCUCGGUUGUAUCCUAACAGAAUUAUUUACUGAACAACCGUUAUUUACUUUAACCCAAAUGCUUGACUAUCGAAAUGAUAGUUACGAUCCGAUGCCAAUUGUUAAUAAAAUCGCCGAUGUUGACAUACGAACAAUGAUUGCGAGUAUGAUCGAUCGAGAUCCAUUGAAACGUCUGACAGCUGAACAAUACCUUCAAGAGCAAACUGGCAAAGCAUUUCCAUCAUGUUUUCAUACAUUUCUCCUGCCAUAUGUACAGAAAAUUUUAAAAGAUUUUUCACCUGAUUAUGUGAUCUAUAAACUUCACCGGGAUUUUUCGCACAUUAUGAGUAGUUUGUUUACGGAAGCGAGUCAAACCAACGAAAAUCAAACGGAAACUGAUGAAGAAAAGCAUGGCGAAUCAUCGCAGUGUCUACUAAUACUUCUGUCCUUGGCUUUGUCUUGUAUGAGAAAACUGAAACAUUUGCAUUCUCGAUUAGUAGCUUUGGAACUUUUACGUCUAAUGAUUCCAUUGGUUGACGAUCAGAUUAUUCUCGAUCGAAUUUUGCCUUAUGUGAACGCAAUGCUACAUGAUUCUUAUCAUCGUGUCCGAGCAGAUGCGAUACGAACACUUGUCUUUGCUAUAUCGUCUGUGAAGAAUAUCAAUCAAGAAAAUGCCGAUCUUUUUAGCGAAUAUCUCUUUCCAACUUUAUCAACGCCGUAUGUCCAAGAGGAUUGCUAUGUUCGGUCAAAUCUAGCGAAAUAUCUCUCAGUCCUAGCUGAGCACUCACUACGAUUUCUAGAAAAAACGUAUUUAAUCGAAGAACGAAAUCAUACAAUAAACAACGAUUAUUUCAAACUUUAUGAGGAAGAAUUGAAGAGUGUUCAAACAUGGAUGCAGGGUAAAUUCGGUGAUCUUAUACAUGGUGACAACGAAGAUCAAAAUGGGCAAUUAGCAGAAGCGGUAUGCCGAUCGGAUCUUAUACGAUUAUGCACAUUUUUUGGCAAACGAAAAACAAUCGAAAUUAUUUGUGGGCAUUUGACUACGUUGCUGAGUCAACCGAAUUGGCGUCUACGUGCGACACUAUUCGAUAGUUUGGUCACAGUUGCUUCGUAUAUUGGACUGGAAAGUGAAGUAUUUAUCCAGCCAUUGUUAACUCAAGGAUUAACUGAUGAAGAGGAAUUUGUUGUUCAUCGAGUAUUAAAAGCGUUGGCAUGUUUUGUUCGGUUGUCAUUGUUGAAGCGAAAGACCAUUUAUGAUUUUCUUCGACAAGUUGCGCCACUUGUUUGUCACCCGAAUCUUUGGCUCCGACUGAGUGUUAUCGAAUUUAUCAAUAGUAUCUGCGAAAAGUCCCAUCUAGCUGAUGUACAUGGAUUUGUAAUUCCGGUGAUUGAGAAAUUUUUUAAAUUUCCAAUUGUUCAAGUGGGAAAUCCCGAUAUUCUGUAUAAUGCUUUGAUCGAACCAUUGUCACGUGAUUUAUUUGAGUAUAUCCAACAAAUUCAGCCGAAUGAAAAUCUAUUUCGACAUUUAACGGACCGAUCUAAUGUUCGACAAAUGACUGGUACAGGCCUAAAACCGGCGUAUACUGAACCGACGGAUCUUUUCGUUCGUGAUGCGUUUGAUAAACUGAUCGAGUUAGGAAUGAAAGAAGAGGAUGAAAAUAAAAUUUUAGCUUUGAAAUUCUUUGUUAAACAAGCACCACAGUAUAAAAUAAGUGCAAGUGUACAAACCGAAAUGACAGAUCGACCAGGCACAAUAAAUAUCAAAAUACCUCCCGGACGUCGACAUGACCUAAGUCUGAAUAUCAAUCGAACUAACAUGGAGAACUAUUCUGCUAGAAAUCUGAAUAAUGAGGGUUCCGAUUGGUCGGAAAUGUUUGGAGCACCACCAAUGCAAGUACCUAAUCAACAAGAGAACAUUCCUCCAAGCUCAAACGAGAAGACAAUUCAAGAAAAUACCGAUGAGGCAAUGCUGGUUGAUACGGUUCAGUAUCAAUUACCUUCAACAGAAAAUAUCACGCAACAUCGACAACAGUAUUUUGUUGAACCAAUGACGAAAACAUUGCGAACAGGUCUUCGUUUACAAUGUUUAACCGAACAAAAUAAUCUAGUAUUGAAACAUCAAGCUAUCUAUCGAGAGGAUUGUCAACGAGCGAAAUUACUCAAACAUAGUGUGCCAACAAAUGUUUUUGAAAUAUCUGAUCAAAAACUCUGGACCCCGCAAGGUACCCUUCUUGCUCACGUUCAUUUACACAACGGCAAGAUUACGAAACUAACAUCAACUCUGGUUUCACCGUCAGCUACGUAUUAUACACAAUAUUUUGCUACUGGCGAUUCCAAAGGAGCGAUUCGAUUGUGGGACAUCAAUCAAUUUCAGAAAUCAUUAAUCUUCCGGCCGUCAAGAGCCAUUCGUGGAACAUCAUCUUCCGUUCGUGGAUUAGCAUUUACAUCGGAUAAUUCGAAUUUGGCUGCGUUGCGUGAAAAUGGCCAAUUGAAUAUCUUCGAUCUUGGCGCAGGAGCUACAGAUAUUCAGGAAUCAUUUUAUAACUUAAACUUGGAUGUCAAAGAUGUUGGCGUGCCCAUCGAUUUAAAAUACUUCAACACUGGCUCACAAGAUAUUCUCGCAUUAGCCACAUCGCAAGGAUUGAUUAUUGGUAUUGAUACUCGAUGUUCAUCACCUAUUUUUCGAUUUAAAAACGAUCUAAAUCAUCGCUUGAUAACCGCAUUUGAAAUUGAUGAGCUUCAAUCUUGGUUAGCUGUUGGUACCGGCAGUGGAUUUAUCGAUAUAUGGGAUAUGCGUUUUCAAUUAUGUAUACAAGGCAUGCGGCAUCCAACAGGUGCGCGUGUGAUUUCACUUCUUCGCCAUCAAGAUCAACCCAGCAGUUUAAUCAGUUCAUUUCAAGGUAACAAUGAGGUAGCGAUAUGGAAUAUUGAUAAACCACAAAUUCGUCAAAAAGUCUUUUGGCCAUCACCAACAGCACCACUUUCAUUAACACAAUCACUCAAUCACUACAUCGCAGCAAUGUUUCUCUGGAAAAACGAUAGUUCGACAUCAUUGCUCUGCGCAGGAACAGAUAUGCGUAUUAGAAACUGGAAUUUAACCCAAGCAUUUCAAUCCUACAUUGUCUGUCGAGGACCAGCAGACGAUGAUGCUUUAACAGCACGUUAUCAAUCAAAAGUCAUCGAUGGUGUUGACGUAACCGUUGAAGAAUAUCACAAGCGAAGACACACAUCAUCACCGCCGGUAGCAGCUGCAGCAGCAAGUGCUUCAUCAAUGUCACCAACGACAACAACUACCGAGUUUAGAUCAACUAAAUCAAGUGCCAAUAUCCCCCCGGCGCAUACGGACACUGUUACAUCAAUGCAAUUAGUGAUGUCGAAGGAACGUACACCGUAUUUAGAACCAUCUGAAUCAAUUAGAGACGACAUUGGCAAGAACAUGUUCGUCUAA